AUGAUUACUAAACAAAGUCAUGAUGAUACAACUUUAAAUAACUCAACAUUUGAUGUAAGUUCAAUAAAUUGGUCAAAUCAUUCGACUUCGUCAUCACAUUUAAAGAUUCAAAUUAAUGAUUAUGAUACUUAUCAAUCAUUUCCAACAAAGUUAGAUCAAUUAUAUACUAAAGUUUCACAAGUGCCCGUAAUUAGAAUAUAUGGUUCUAUAAAUGUUGAACAUAAAUCACCAGGGCUUGAAUUAUCACCAAGUAAAAGAAGGAAAUUAAAUAAUGAUACACCAGCCACAAAAUCUUCUGUGUUUAACGUGAUUAUUCAUGUUCAUAAUUUUUAUCCUUAUUUUUACGUUGAUUGUCAUGAAACGGAUUAUGUUAAGUUGCAAAGUCAGGAAUAUUUGGACAAAGUUACAAAUUAUUUGGAGAACAUUAUGAAAGAAUCUUUUAAAAAACGACGCGGUAGGAAAGGUACUGAAGAACAAGAAUUAGAGAUUGAUGAUGAAGAGGAAGAGGAGAAUAAAGUUGAAGCGGAAGGUGAUGAUGAGAAAGAUGAAAAAGUAGAAGAGGCAAAGCAACCGAAAAGAUUAAGAAAAUAUAUUGCAAAUGUUUCUAUGUGUAAAGGUGUACCAAUUUAUGGGUUCCAAUUAGGUUAUAAAAUAUUCUAUAAGGUAUCAGUGUUGUCUCCAUUAUAUAAAAACAGACUAUCCAGAAUGUUUCAAGAAAAUAAAAUAAGUUUACACAAAUUUGAUAUGAAUGAUAAUGACGAAAACAAAGGGAAACCUCCACCAUCGUACGUUUACGAGGUUCAUAUUCCUAUCCUUUUACAAUUUUUGACCGAUUUUAAUUUAUUUGGUUGUGGUUGGUUACUUGUUGACAAAGAUCACAUUAACAAAGGACCUGAGACCCGUGGAUUAUACUUUAGAACUCCCUUAUUCACAGAUGUAAGCCGUGAAGCUUAUAAUCAAUCUCAAAUUUAUUCACUUAUAAAAUUUUUACAAAAUUUCAUAACAUCAGAUAAUGUGUUGAUUGAUGGUGGUAAUUUACAAACAUUUACAAGAAUUGGUAAGUCAAUGUUGGAAAUGGAUAUAACAACUAGUGCUAUUGUUAAUAGAUCUUGGUUAAGUGCUAGAGAAUUACAUGAUGAUUUCACUGAGAGAAAUGAAUUUAAUGAAUAUCAGAGAGAUUUAAAAGUUUUUGGUUAUCCCAAGCAUGGUUAUAAACAUGAAUUAGAUGGGAACCCUAAAAUUUAUUUGUCCUCUUUAAAACAUAUUUACAAUGAUUUAAAAUAUCAAUGUCAUUUGAAAAACUCCAAGUAUGAUGUGUCAGUCGAUGUUUUGGAGUCAAAAACAAGAAAUUAUUUUGGAACUGGUUCAACUAAAUGGUCAAAUCAACAACAAUUAGAUGAAUUAUUAGCUUAUUUGAUACAAAUUAAUGGAUCACUGAAUUCAAUGGGAUUUGACAAAUAUUCUAAAGAAGUGAUAAAAGAUAGACAUUCUCAAGAAGCUUUCGAUUUUGAUAUAUUGGAAGAUUUUUAUACUUCUUUUAGUACGGUAGACAUUGAGAAGAAUAAACAGUUUCAUGAUCAAAGAAUGAAAUUUGGAGACAAUUUAUUAAUUUGGGGAGAAUAUAAUGAUUUAUUUAAAAUGCUGCAACUGAUAACAAGUAUACCAUCACCAGAAUUAAAUCCCAAACCCGAAGUAUCUCGUGAAAUAUUUGAUGAUUCAGAUACCGAUACAGAAAAGGCAGAAGUUAACUUAAUGAGUGAAAUUGGAGUUGAUGUUAAUGAAAUAGAAGAUCAAGAAAACCUAGGGAAUGUAAAUUUCGAAGAAGAUGAAGACAAAGAAGAUGAAGAUAAAGAAGAUAGUAGAAGUCCUAAAACAGAUAAUUUACAAGAUGAAAAUGAUGAGAUUGAAGAUUUUGACUCUGCUGAAGAAUUUGAUGAAACAAUAAUGAAAACAAUGACUCAGUUUAAGACUCAAAGAAAUGGAAAUGGUGCCAUAAAAGCUACUAAAAAGCCAAGUAUUGAUAUUUUAUCAUCUAUUGAAGAUUUUUCAUUCACUCCAACUCCAAUUCAACCAACUACCAAAAAUUUGAUAAAUAUGAAACCAGGUAAAAAUGAAUAUGAUGUGGUAAUUCCUGACCUGUUAAAAAAGGAAAAUUAUGCAAAACUGUUUCAAGAUUCUGGUAUUUUAGAAAUCAAUUAUACAGAUCCUUACUAUAGUAAAAAAGAUGAUAUACCAUUAAGGCCAUUUAUAUUUGCGAAUCAAAGAAUGCAUGUUCAAUUAAAGAAUGAAGAUACAGUACCAAAGUUGGACAUGGUAGACCCUACUAUUAGUGGUAAAUCUCCUAUAGUCAAUUCUUGUCGAACUUGGCAAUAUCAAUUAGAACCACCAAGUAAGAAAAGUAUAUUAGAUUGGCUCAAAAAUGAAGAAUCUAAAAUUAUCAAGAAGAAAUUAAAAUAUAGAUCUCAAAUUGAACCGGGAGUUACCCAAUCAAAUGACUAUAAAUUUAGUUAUAAUUCAGAAAAAGUUACGAGAAAACCUGAUGAAUUCAAUUAUUUAAGUGAUUUUCAUGUCGAAAUACAUGUUAGUCCUCCAAAUUCAAAAUUAGCUGCUGAUCCUUUAAGAGAUCCUAUUUCUUUUAUUUUUUAUUCAUUUGAAGAUGCUAAUGAAAUGUUUGAUAAAUCUAAAAUUAAGUCAGGUAUUUUGGUAUAUGGUGCUUUUGAUUUGAAAUUGCUCAAUAGUUUAAGUAAAUCAUUAGGUCAACAUGUUGAACAUUUUGAUGAAGAGAAAAAAAUGGUUGAAAGGUUAGUUGAAUUAGUUCAAAUUUUUGAUCCUGAUAUUUUAUCUGGUUAUGAAGUAAAUUCAAUGUCUUGGGGUUAUAUAGUCGAGAGAUUUCGUGAAGUUUAUGAAGUUAAUAUUAUGAGUGAUUUAAGUAGAGGCACACAUAGAUCAAAUGGUAAAUUUGGAGAUAGAUGGGGAUAUACACAUACUGCAAAUAUUGAAAUAAGUGGCAGACAUAUUAUAAAUGUUUGGAGAAUUGUGAAAUCUGAUUUAGCAUUGACUAGUUAUACUUUGGAGAAUGUGUGCUAUCACUUAUUACAUAAAUCAUUACCCAGGUAUCUGCUUCAUCAAAUUUCAAAUUGGUUGAGUAGUGGUAAUUUCCAAGAUUUGUACGUUGCUUUAUCUUAUUAUAUGAAAAGAAUUGAAUUAACUUUGAAAAUUAUUGUUGUACAAGAAUUAAUCACUAGAAAUGUGGAACACUCAAGAUUAAUUGGAAUUGAAUUUAAUUCCAAUUAUUAUCGUGGUUCACAAUAUAAAGUUGAAUCAAUUUUAUGCAGAAUUUCAAAACCAGAAAGUAUAUUAUUGAAUUCACCUUCUAAAAUUCAAGUUCAUGAAUUAAGACCUAUUGAGUGUCUUCCAUUGGUGAUGGAACCAACAGCGAAUUUUUAUAAGUCUCCCUUGGUUGUUUUAGAUUUUCAAUCAUUAUACCCUUCAAUUAUGAUUGCUUACAACUAUUGUUAUUCUACAUUGAUUGGGAAAUUACAUAACUAUAAACCGAAGAAGAAUAACAUUGGUUAUUUAAAAAGUUUGAAUCUACCACCUGGAAUAGUAGACUUACUAAACCAAGACGAUGCUAUAAACAUAUCACCAAAUGGAUAUGCUUUUGUUAAGAGUCAUGUUAGAAAAUCAAUUUUAGCCAAAAUGUUGGAAGAAAUUUUAAAUAUUAGAAUCAAGACAAAAGCAGUCAUGAAAAUGUUUAAUGAUGAUAAAGAAUUAAAAAAAUUAUAUAACUCAAGACAGAUAGCUUUAAAAUUAAUUGCAAAUGUUACUUAUGGUUAUACUUCAGCCACAUUUAGUGGUAGAAUGCCCAAUUCAGAUAUUGCGGAUGCAAUUGUAUCAAGUGGUAGAGAAAUUUUAGAAAAAUCAAUUGAAUUAAUUGAAGGUGGUGGAUAUGGUGCCAAAGUUGUCUAUGGUGAUACAGAUUCUUUAUUUGUUUAUUUCCCAGGUAAGUCAAAAGCUGAAGCAUUCAAACUGGGUAGAGAAAUUGCCAAUCUUGUUACUGACUAUUUUCCAGAUCCAUUACAAUUAAAAUUUGAAAAAGUAUAUCACCCCAGUGUUUUGUUAGCUAAAAAGCGUUAUGUUGGCUAUUCAUAUGAAUAUGAAAAUCAAAAAAUACCUAAAUUUGAUGCCAAGGGUAUUGAAACAGUUAGAAGAGAUGGUGUACCUGCACAAGCAAAAAUGACUGAAAAGGCCCUAAGAAUUUUAUUUGAAACAAAAGAUUUAUCAAAAGUUAAAGAGUAUUCACUAAAGCAAUUUUAUAAGAUUUUUUUCAACAAGAUCUCAAUUAAUGACUUUUGUUUCGCAAAAGCAGUCAAAUAUGGUGAUUAUAAAGAUGAAAGAUAUCUACCACCUGGUGCAUUACUUUCAAGUAAAGCAGCCGAAGAAGAUCCAAGAAAAGAACCACAGUAUAAGGAAAGAGUCCCAUAUUUAGUUAUUAGAGAUUCAACAAAGAACAGAAUCAAAGAUCGUGUUAUGUUUCCCGAAGACUUUAUCAAAACUUUGAGUACUUCAGAACCAUUAAUGUUGGAUUAUGAAUAUUACAUCACAAGAGUAUUAAUACCACCACUAGAAAGAAUUUUCAAUUUAAUUGGAGCAGAUGUAAGAGGCUGGUACAAGGAAAUGCCAAGAUUCACAAGAACAAAUGUAAUAAGUAUUUAUAAUGAUUCAUGUUUAAUCUGUGGUAAUAGAUUAGAUGGAAGUGAAUAUGUAUGCUCAAAUUGUUCAUUUGACAAAGAACAAUUAUCGACUAAUGUAAUGAUGAGUUGUAAAACAACAGAAUCAAGAAUUAUUGAAAUUGAAAAUACUUGUAGAAAAUGUGUUUCAAAUGUUUUUUUACCUGGUGGGUCAAUGAAUCAAUAUACUAACAAUUGUGUUAAUCGAGAUUGUUCCGUGUACUUCAAUAAGGUCAAAGCUAAUCAAGAAUCAAGACAAUUAUUUGAUAGAAAAGAUAAAGUUUUAGAAGAAAUAGAUUGGUAA